AUGAUGAGCAAAAGUGACGCAUUGUUCCCAACAUUCAUAGUUCCUCUUUUUUUAUUAGUUUUUCUCAGAUUUAUUCUUCCAAUUCCAUUUAACUUUGCAGCACACACCCCAAAGCCGCAUCAAAAAAUUUCGAUUCGUUAUGACUACGCAGCAAUUGAUUCUGGGGGUAAAAUCUUAUCCGUAAUUGAAAUUUAUUUUUAAAAAAAUCCGACACACAAAAUUCCCUAUUUGAUAGUAUUUUUUUAAUAAAAUUGAAAUUAUUUUCCCAUGGUAAAGCUUAUUUAAAUAUAACAAAUUUAGCAUAGAUCAUAGUUCAAUGAUGUCUGGAUCUGGAGGGAUUUUACGUGGUGAUAGAGACAGAUAUAUGGUGGUUCCUUGCCAUUUAGGCGAGAAAUGGAUUGAUAUAAGCCUUAGUGAGGACAUUUCAAUUGACGAAUUUAUGAUAAUUCAAGGAGAGAUCUAUUCAUCGCCAUUUAAAGAAAUUGAGCUGUUUGGGUCUACUGAAUACCCACCUCAGAAAUGGAUACCAAUUGGAAACUUCACGCUUGAGGGGUCUCAAAGUCUCCAAAAAUUCAAGACAUCUCCAAUAUGGGUAAGAUUUCUGAAAUUAUAUAAAACUAAAUUGGCUGCUUAUAAAUAAUUUUUUAUCAUUUUUAUUAGUAAAUUCAAUUAAAUACAUUAUAGUGCUAAAGACUCAUUAUGGAAAUGAGUAUUAUUGUUCACUUACACAAUUUUCAGUUUUUGGGUCUAACGUUCUGAAGACUAUUAAUGACGAUUUCAAAGCUAAAAAAGAAGCAUUAGAAGAAAAGCGUAACCAAAAACAAAAUUUACUACAAGAAGUCCACAAUGAAAGUAAUAUCAAUUCUCCAUUAGAAAAACUAAGAAAAUACAGAAGAGUGUCAUUGGAUUUACCUAAAAAUCCUAUAAAAUUCGUCAUUAAAGACGAAUACACACUCUACAAAACCCUUGAAUUUGAAGAUAUUUGCUAUCAUGAUUUUAUAUGGUUUCUCAAUAAUGCUACAUAUGAAGAAAAGCCUAAUAAUUCUAACACCCCAGCUCCUAUAGAAACAAAAAUAGCUCCAUAUGAAUCUACUUUUGACCCAUUUAGAGCUAUGAUUGAUAGCAUCGCAGUUACAGAAAAAAAAUUAGACGAGCUUGAAGCUUUUACAGAUUUAUUUGUUGAAUUAGCUGAGCAUAACCAAGCCAUUGUAGAUAAGCUCAACCAAGAUCUUGAGACAGCUAAUGAAAACAAUAAAGUCCUUGAAAAUGAUUUUAUAUCAGAUGCGCUGAAAAAGUCACAGAGUUUAGAAAUUUUACAGUCUGAGAUUGAUAAUCUUAGAAAUUCAUUGAAGGAUAUGCAGUCAAAGCAGAACGAAAAAGAUGAAAUAAUAGAAAGCUUAAAUAAUUUGAUGUUUUUGGUGGUUAUUUUGUAUAUUGUUACUAUUGGAGUUUUUACCUGCUGAUUUGUUUACAGCUUGCCAAACUCUAUAAAAUCAAAAGAAUCCACAAAAAUGACCCCGCAUCAUCAAAAAACAAAUUCUACUUUGCAUAUAAAAAAUAACGAGCUUCCAAAAGUGAAAUGUUUUACCCCAAAAAGUUCUGUUUCAGACUUAGACUUUGAAAUGAAAUUCGUAAAAAAUACCUCUAAAGGACAUAAUACACAGGUUCCAAAGAGAAAACGGUAA